AUGGCAACAGAGGUUUUCGAAAAACCAGAGAUCCCUGAGCUUGCCUUAAACCAUAAGUGGACAAUUUGGGAGCUAGUGGAAACGAAGGGGCAAGCAAAUUAUAACGCUGGAAUGGAAAAAGUAGCUUGGUUUGGAGAUGCAGUUACCUUUUGGAAAGUAUGGAAUAAGAUUCCUCAUUCUGACCCAACCAACUUCUUCGCAUUCGAAAGAGAGGGAAAGAAUUACAUCAACUAUUAUGAAAUCAAAGGGAGCCAUGAAAGGAUUAACACUCUUGCAAUGUUUAAAACUGGAAUUCAUCCUGAAUGGGAAGAUGCGACCAAUAAGAAUGGUGGCGAAUACGCGACAAAAAUUACGGUAGAUAUUGAAUCAACAAAAGAGAUCUGGAAUAAUUUAGUAUUAAACCUGGUAACUAGCAACUUCCCAGCCACUGAUAAAGUUUGUGGUAUCAGGAUAGUAGACAAAGGCAAGUUCAUAAAAGUUGAAUUAUGGGUCGACUACGGACUCAGAAAAUACUGUGAGGAUGCCAAGGCCCAGGAAGAAAAAUUAAUCGAAAUAUGUGAAGAAGCCGGAGCAUCAUCAGUCAGAUUCGAGUUUAAGGCUCAUUGUUAA